AUGGCAUCAGGAGUAUAUCUGGGAGUUUUUCAAGAUGAAACAUUUUUGCAUUGCUACUGCAAAACUUGUAAAUACACCCAACAUGAGGUGAAGCAGCUGGAGAUUGCUGCCAAGAAGAAGAUCAUGGACGACACUCCCAUCAAUUGCUGUGAGAUCUUCAAAGCCUUACCUGACCAGCAGGGGGCCAUCAGAGUGGUCCGGACCACUGAUGGAAAAACCUUCUCAGUGAUAAAGUUUACCCUGGACUGGGCCGAGGGUUUGGAAAACCAGGAUGUGAGUCUGCUGGUUCUGUUUUCAUUCAGAGAGCUGAACCUGAUCAGAGGUCAGCAGUUCAGUCUUCUCCAGCUGCUCCAGGUUUUCCAUCCAACAUUAGAGAAGAUCACAGCAGAGAAGCUCACUGUCUGUCAGCUGUUGUUCAUCUUUGAUGGUCUGGAUGAAAGCAGACUCUCACUGGACUUCAACAACAUGGAGGUUGUGACUGAUGUCACACAGACGUCAUCAGUCAAUGUUCUGCUGACAAACCUCAUCCAGGGGAACCUGCUUGCCUCGGCUCUCAUCUGGAUCACCUCCAGACCUGCAGCAGCCAAUCAGAACCCUCCUACGUGCGUCCACGGGGUGACAGAAGUACGAGGCUUCACUGAUGAUCAGAAGGACCAGUACUUCAGAAAGAGGACCAGGGAUGAAGCGUCCAACAAAAUCAUCUCACAUGUCAGGACGUCCAAGAGUCUCCACAUCAUGUGUCAAAUCCCAGCCUUCUGUUGGAUCAGUGCCACAGUUCUGGAGCACAUGUUGACCUCAGAGCAGAGGGUAGAGCUGCCCAGAACCCUGACAGACCUAUACUCACACUUCCUGUUGGUUCAGACAAAGCGGAAGAAGAACAAGUACAGUGGAGGACAUGAGACUGGUCUGUUGGAAUUAACAAAGGGAGACAGAGAUGUUCUCCUGAAGCUGGGAAGACACUACACAUUGUUGAAGGAUCAGUCAGUUCAUCAGGAGAUCCAAGAGUUCCUGAAGUCAAAGACCAGAGAGAAGGAACUUUCUGAGAUCCAGUGCUCAGCUCUGGCCUACAUCCUGCAGAUGUCAGAGGAGGUUCUGGAUGAGUUGGACCUGGAGAAGUAUAACACAUCGAAGGAGGGAAAACUGAGACUGAUCCCAGCUGUGAGGAACUGCAGGAAGGCUCGGUUGAGCAGCUGCAGUUUGUCAGAGAUCAGCUGUUCUUCUCUGGUCUCAGAUCUGAAGUCCAACCCCUCCCAUCUGAGGAAACUGGUCCUGCGUGGAAACAACCUGAAGGAUUCAGCUGUGAAGAAUCUGUGUGGUUUUCUCCAGAGUCCAGACUGUAAACUGGAGGAUCUGGGGUGAGUUCACUGACUGUUA